AUGCCGCUCGAUUCCUCAUGCCACCAGAGUGAGGGGGACCACGUCAAUGCCUGGAUUCCUUCCUCUCCAAGUACAUCGCCUCUCCGACAAGCUAACCACUCGCAUCGCGCAAUUGACAAUGUCCCCAUGAGAUCCAGGGUCGCGGGAGCUCCCGGCGGUGCAGCUCCACUGCGGGGUGCGGGAUUACUUGUGGACAAGGCGCCACCCCAGCAGGAGAGCGGUGCCUCUCACGCUGAUGAUUUGCAAUCUGGAAACGAGGUUACCACCCUGGAGAACUUCGAUUCCGAUGAUGAGUUCUCUCCGACCCCAUCACUGGUGGAUGCUCUGAGCGAGGCAUUCUCGCUCUCUCAAGAAUCUCAAUCCCAAGAGUUCCAAUCUCAAGAGUCCCAGUCUCGAGAGUCACAGUCUCAAGAGUCACAAUCCCAGGAGUCUCCAUCAUUGUCGCCACUGCAAUCAUCUCUGGCACAAUUGUCUAUCCAGUCACCUUUGACAAGCUUCGAAUACAGCCCGAACACUCCAGAUUCGCCCACCAGUGACAGAACCGCUUACUACAGCGCCGAGGAUGUUGACAAAGUUGGAGGCAAAGACGAAGGUAUCAAACCAGCGACGCGCAGCAUACUAGGCGAGGUGGAAUUUUUGGCGUCUCUGCCUACACUCGAAGAGCGUUGCAACCUGUCCUGGCCAAAGCUUCCAACGUCACUACGUUCUGCUCCCUUUCCCGCAAGAUGGGAGAUUCUGCGUGCGGCCCUUCAUUGCUCUGUCGAGCCAGGCGAGUUGGAUCUGGUGUACGACGCAGAAUGGGCUGCUGAUCAAGGGACGCUCUGGGCCGCUUUGGCAGCUCACCCCUCCUUUGCGGGCAAGAACCUGCCAUCGGUUUCGGACCCGGAGCUAUGGCAGAACAUCAUGAAAGAUGGCUCGACAUUCGGAGACAGAGUCGUUGUCUUUGCAGCAACAGCCACCAGGCUGAGCAGAGCAAGAGUCAUGCCGUUCAUGCGUCUGCACCUUCGCCCUCUACAAAAGGAGAAGGGAAAUCGUAUUUACCGACGGUUUGGCUCAGACAGGUUCAUCGAGCUUACGAUGCCGUCCAUCCACGAUCAGAGCCGUCAGUUAUUUAAUAGCCAGCGGGCUCAACAAGUGGACAGGGUCAUAACCUGGCUCAGUGAAAGCAAGCACAAGUUCGCUUUCCGAAAGUGGACCGCAUUCUACACCCGAAACUACGGUCUAAAGCAACCCGAGAAGACUUCCGCCUUGGAAAUGAGAGAGUCAAGACCAGUACCGUUGGACCGUGUGUAUCUCUUUGCAGAAGAAGACGAGGGAUCUCAAUCUUUUCAAAGGUAUACUCGAAAACAGAUGCUGGACUGGCUUUUGCAAUUGGACAUGAAUCGGGACCAACUCGCACUCAAGCUUUUCUCUCGCAUCGCACUUGGCCUCUCAACAACGACACCUCUACUGCAGAUUGCAUUUGACGACCAUCAAAUCAUCCACCACCCAGGCGACUUCCCGAAAGACCACAAGGUUGCGAUGAACGAUGGAAUAGCACGUAUUUCUCCUGCUCUGAUGAGCAGGGUCACCUCAGAUCUGGGCAUCCAUCCGCCUCCAGCAGCAUUCCAGGGCCGAUUUGGCAGCGCGAAGGGGAUGUGGAUUGUCGACCACACUGACAAGACUGGAGGCGAGUGGAUCGAGACAUUUGGCUCACAGCGAAAGUGGGUGUGCAAGUGGGAGGAAAAGCAGCACCGGACACUAGAAGUCAAAAGCUGGUCGUCAGAGUUGAAGCCGGCUCUUCUCAACACUCAGUUUCUUAUGAUCCUCCAGGACAGGGCCCCCGAUAAGGCCAAGCUGUUUGAAACUCUCCGGGACCGCGUUCAGACUCAGCUCGCGGAGGAUCUGAACCUGACGCGGAGCCUUGAGAGCCCUGAGGCGUUUCGUCAAUGGAUACGCAACAAUUCAUCCAGUUUCGUCCGUGCAGCCGAUAUGGACAAAGGCCACGAGUUUCUUGGCGGACUCCCCGACAGCAAGACAGGGACCUUGGAGCGAUUCAUCGACGCAGGCUUCGACCCACGUAGAAUGAAGUUUGCGUGGGACAUUGUUUCAGAAAUCCAGGAACACAACUGCCAGAAGCUGUUGACCAAGAUCAACAUCAAGCUCAAGAAGUCGACCUGGGCUUUCAUGGUUGUCGACUUCUCAGAGCUCCUCGAGCCGAACGAGGUUCAUUUGAGUUUCUCAAACCGGUUCAAAGAGAGCCCCGACGACAUGACGGGACCCCGGUUCCUGUCAAACCGGGCCAUCCUGGUUGGUCGCUGCCCCGCGCAUUUUGCGUCGGACAUCCAGAAAGUCAGGGCUGUCUUCAAAGAAGAGCUGGAUGUCAACCAAGAUGUCAUCUACUUCUCCACCAAGGGACUACAGCCCCUCGCCGACAAGCUCUCUGGAGGCGACUACGAUGGCGACAAGGCAUGGAUAUGCUUCGAUCCCGACAUUGUCGACAAUUUUGAUAAUGUCGAGGACUUGCCACCCAUGCCAAACCUGAAGCCUUACAUGACGGAAGACAAGACGACGUUGGCCGAGAUAUUCGAGGAAUCCAGUGAGGACAAAUACGUCGAUGAGAUGAUCCGCAAAGCUUUCCACUUCAGCAUGCAGCCCAACCUGCUAGGAAUGGCCACGACGUACAAGGAGAAGCUGUGCUAUGACCGAAACAGCAUCAGCAAUGAUUCCGCCAUAGCCCUAUCGUGGCUACUACGAGAGAUAGCCGACCAAACGAAGCGCGGUAUCACAUUCACCAACGAGGACUGGUGGAGUUUCGUCAAGGACCACUGCGACGACCAACGCAAUCUGGCCAUGCCGGCAUACAAGCAGCACUGGGAACGCGGAGUCGAGAGCAGCCUGGAACACAUUCCUCUGGAGCAUAACUCGGAGCACCUCAUCGACUUCCUGAUCUUCGACGUCAUCAUCCCGGCCAUCCGGGCAGAGAGGCAGGGCUUCAGGCAGAUCACGCAGGCACUGAACGAAGGGGCGAGCGCAUCAGCCAUGGUGCCGGAUUAUGACCGCGACCUGACCAUUCUCUGCGAUGAGCUUGAUGGGCAGACGAAAACGUGGGACAUCGAGCCGACGAAGGCAGAGCUCGAGGCUCUAUCACGCCUCAUGAGUGGCCUCCAGGAAGAUAUCCAUGAAUGUGCGGCCCUGUGGUCAAAGAUCAUGGCAGAAGAGGCUACGAAGGGCGAUCAGGAGAGCCAAUACCGCGUCAAGGUUCAAAGAGUGUACGAGAAAUGGCUCGUGAUCAAGCCCCGAGAUGAGGAGUAUGCUCGGCAAGCUGUGCGGGGUAUCGGUCCUAUCCUCCAACAGGAGUAUCUACGACCGGAACUUCGCGGGUGGGAACUACUGAAGGCCAGCAUGACUUUCAAGCUGUACCAUCGUCGGAAGUACACGUUUGUCUGGCGUAUCGCUGGAGAGCAGCUGCUGUACAUCAAGUCUAUGAAGGUGUCGCCAGAUUGGGGUGUAAGCCGGGCAAAUGGAUCGACCACGCUUGACAGGGCCAAGGAGAAAUCGGACUGGAGGAUGGAUGCGGGCGUAGUGCCGGUUCGGGGCGACGUGUACUCGAUUUUGAGACCUGACAGCAAGAAGAUCAAGCAACUCUCGGACAAGAGGGACGGACCCAAGUCACAUGUCGGCGACGAUUCCUGCCGAGGUGACAGUGACGCUGAGGAGCCGGACGACUGUUGA